AUGUUUUUCACAUCGUCAUUUGACUUUAGCAAGAAGAAAUCGUUGGACUCACUCAACAUUUCUGGGAAUCAGAAGUAUGAAGAAAGACGCUUAGUUGACAUAUACACUAAAACGUAUAGUUUACACGAUGUGCCCUGCAUCUAUGACGAAGAGCGGAGGCGUCUCUGGAAACGCAAGCAUGGAAUGUUCUACGAUGACGGAGUCUCCUUUGUGGGAGUCCACGCACUGAUCCGUGAGCUGGCUUUUCUAAUCGGGGCUACCAGGAAUAACGGAAGCUACAAGGGAUGCGCAAUAAAGGACGGAUAUUUGACAGGCCCGCUUGACGACUCUACAAGCUUUCGCCUUUCUACGUGCGCUAAGGUAGCUGUUCGAAGGGUUUUUCUCAAUAACUUUAGGCAUAACUGCUGGAAUGAUACGCCAACACCGAUAAUGCACAAUAACUGGACAGUCCCAAGCAAGUACUUUGAAGACUCUCUAAAGAAAGGGGAAGUCGAUUUAUGCACUGCUCAUCUAUUUUAUCUUUCCUUCAUUGUAUCGUGCGAGAAUUAUAGCUCUCACCGAAGGUCCCGAAGCUGUAGGGUGUCUUGCUGCGACAAAGACACUCAUGAGUUUACUGAUUACGUAAAGGAACUCGACGGAAGAGCUUGUAGAUACCUCAUGAGUAAAAAUAAGAUGUGUAUUCACGGAAAAUGCGUACUGUUCUCCUCCUAA